AUUUCAUGUGCGAGGCCCUUUAACCACGCCAUACAACCUUACCCUUACGGUCUUGUGUUUAUGUCAUUGUAGAACAGGCUUCAGUGUGUGUGGCGUUGAAAAAGAUCAAAGAAGAUACAGAAAAAAAAAAAAUUAUAAAAAUCAAUCAUUCGGUACUUUGUGAAUUUAAAUUGUGUUCUUCGUAGUUAUCAUUUUUCAACAAAUCUAAAAUUAUUUUAUAUACAUCAACAAACAUAUAUAAAUACGACUUCAACAACUAAUAUUAUCGAGAAACGUAUAAUUAUGCGAAAUAUUAACAGAUUAUAUCAAAGAAUGUUAAGAAAAUAUCCUGUGGGCACGCAAGCAGUGCAAGCUGGAAUAUUAAUGGGACUUGGUGAUCAGAUCGCACAGAACUUUAUAGAUAAUUCAAGAACCAUUGAUUAUAUACGUACAAUGCAGUUUGCAGGCAUUGGUUUGUUUAUUAGUGGUCCAGCGACGAGAACGUGGUAUGGGAUUUUAGAUAAAUACGUAGGCUCCAAAGGUUAUUUUGUGGCAGUUAAGAAGGUUGCUUGCGAUCAACUGUUUUUUGCGCCUACAUUUAUAGGAGUUUUAUUAGUCAUUGUUGGUAUUUGCCAAGGAAAAGAUAUUGAAAGAUUGAAAAUUAAAUUGGCAAAUGAAUACACUGAUAUUUUGAUGAAUAAUUACAAGCUGUGGCCUAUGAUACAACUUGUGAACUUUUCUCUGGUACCUUUGCAUUAUCAAACUUUGGUUGUACAAUCAGUUGCUUUACUAUGGAAUAGCUACGUUUCAUAUAGAACAAGUUUGGAUAAACAAUGAAUUUAUGUAAAUAUACAUAAGCGUGAUAAAUUGUAGAAGUAAUAUUAAGACCCCUUUAUGUUAUGGUCACUCUAUCUUUACUAUUAAGUGAUGACUUCUAAUGAUUGUUUAUGGAAUUUUGUUCAGUAGUUUACUAUUAUGUAGAAGCGCUAAAAUGCUAAUAUACAAUAGCCGAUAUUUGUAAGACGUUUAUAGUGAGUUUUUUAAGAAUUUCAAAUCUUUUCAAGGUACAUUUUAACAGUUAAUUACACAUUUUUGUUAUCCUUUUUAAACUUAAGCGUUGUUAUGUCAUGAAUGUAUGUACACUUAAAUACAUACAAAGUUGAUUAUUAAUGGUUGUACCCACUUUUUACCAUAGGAGCAAGAUUUCCUGAUGUAUUUGUAAUUUCUAAUAUAAUAAUAUGUUAGAAAUACAUAUCCGUCGGUAAAUCAUGCUCCUAUGGUAAAAAAUGGAUACAACUAUUAAUAAUCACCCUGUAUAUGUAUGUCAUAAUACAUCUUAAAAUUUUAUUUAACUAUUCGGCGAUACACAUUUCUAGUGCACAAUUAAACAAUAGUAUAAGGAUUUUGCUAAUCCGGUGCUAAUGCGGCGCUUUAAGCAUAUUGAUGUCUCAUCAACAAUCUAAUGCGGUUUAUUUAUUCAAAUUUUCAUAUCGAAGUUAUUUGAUAAGUUUACUGUAAUUCUACUGUAAAUCUAGCUUAUAUUACAUGUAUUAUAGGUUUUCAAUAUUGCAUAUACAGAAGGAUGUACGUAAUAUGUUUGUAUACAUUCCGUAAUAUUUUAUUUUUAUUCUGAAUAAAUGUAUAGUUUUAUAACAAAA